AUGACGGCGCGCUCAACGUAUUUUUACCAAAUACAGACCUGUAAUAUAAUAUUGAUCAUAGUGGGUCUUACCGCUGUAGGUCUUGCUGCGAGUCAAUUUUGGAAUGUUGCUCUCAACAAUUACCGAAGGAUUGAUCUACGGCUGCUAAACUGGAUUUAUGUACUUGCUGGCUUAGUAGGCCUCUAUACCUUAUCUCGGAAUCAUGGAAUUGUUGUGGCAAAGACAGUGCAUUGUGUAUCAAUUGCUGUUGCUAUCUAUUCUACAGCAUUCUACUGCGUUACGCUUUUCAGGAUAGUGCAUCUGCAUAGUGCACUGAUGCAGGAGCAGCCCAAUCUUCAAAAUGAAAUGCAGAACGGUGAAGUUAGUGAGAACUUCACGACCAAACUGGUCAUCUGUUCUCUUAUGAUCUUUGUACCAAUUACCGCUUGUUUAGCAGCGUUUGUCGCUGCAGCACUUCUGGAUCGUCUUAUCGUCGUCAGCCAACCCACUUGGCCUCAGUACUCGCGUGACCAGAAUAAAAAGUAUCGUGCGAACCGCCUGGGCCUUACUGUUUUGGCUGCGAUAAAAUUGUUUUCGGCAUUAUGUACUCUAGCUCUAGCUGUCUUGGUCGAAUACGAACAUCAGUUGGUAUCAAAUAAAGGCCUAUUUGUGUUGAUCGCUCUUGAUCACAUUGCUGCACUGUUGACAAUUGUCAGCGCAAUAGUUGAUUUGCAUUCGGCUAUCAUUAGUAAACAAUCGGCGGCUAAUUAUAAGGUUGCGAUCGGAAUGUCAGUGAUUGCAGCAGUUUGGUGCCUGAAAUCAUUAGAUAUUGAAAUGUACCCAUAUUACUAUGAUGAUAUUCAGAUAUGGAGAGCAGUAGGCUCAGUUCCUCGAAAUGGAACCCAAACACUAUCAGUCUACGGCACAGUAGAUCGAACUUACUUGAUUAUCAUCAUGGAAGGAUUUUUGGUGGUCUUGUUUGCUCUGCUUUUUGGUUUAAAUUUGCUGUCUGCUGUUCAAGGUAGUAAAUGUAUCCAAUACGAAUAUUAUGACGAAGAUUCGAUGAUCCGAAGAAAUGUUUCUUUGCAGAGCAGAUAUCUGGGAUUGUUACACUUCAUUUGGGGAAUGUUAUUGUUGGUAUUAGUGGUACUUGGGUUGAUUGAUGUACCCUGGAAUGCAAAUUAUAUUGGUGCUGAUUUAAUGUGGCUUGCUGUCUUGUUGUUUGCUACAGGCAUAUUAUACAUAACGCAUUCUGGUUCGCACUUAUCAAUUCAUUUUCUGCUUGGAUUCAUCUGUUUCACAUGCGCCCUAGAAAAGAUGUGCUCAAGUAUCAAUCUCACAUAUCAGUCCGCAACUUAUCCUGCUUUUAUCCGUGGUCCUCAAGAUGCAUUUCUUGGUCGUUUAGUUUUAUAUAGUGUGCAGCUUAUGAUCCUAUUUUUGGAAACUCUCACGGGAUUUUUUUCAGUUAUCAUAUAUGGCCGCGCAUUGAAACAGCGAUAUCGUCAAGCAGUAAAGUAUUCCACAUGCAUGCACCUAAUAUUGUUUCUGGGCAAUAUGUUCUAUGGUGUAGUACUUGUUGGUUGUAACGUUGUAUUCACACUCGUUUAUUGGCUUUUUUCUGAAUCGCUGGUCGAAAUUCCCUUCUUCCACAUGGGUAAUGGUCUAUUGGUGUUCGGCAUUUCCAUUUUGCAGGUAUUAUCAUUAUGCUAUCCUGCAUUGUUACUUUCGGUGACAACACUAAAUGUGAUAGCUGCAUCAGUAGCUUUGUUUAUGGUUAGCUACGCCAUAUCCAAUACCUACUUCCUGGCGGCGGUAUUGUUUACAGUUGAGGGAUUUCACUGGGUAAUUAUUGAAGUAGUUUUGAUACUAACUGCUUGUGCUUCCACUGCUUGUGUUAUAUGUACAUUUUGUUCUACGUUUGCUAUUGUCAGUUUCUUGUACGCGGCAUGUCGUAAGCCCACAAGUAGCACAUCAACCAUUGUACUGUGCGAAGACAACAACUAUGGUACUCAACGAACAUUGGUCAGUCCACAACUCCAGACACCACCAGUCCGACACAUGGAGGAACAAUCAAUUUAUUGGUCAACAGAUGAAAAUCCAUAUUAUUAUCAGGCCUCAAAGCGUUACUAUGAUCAACCCUACAGGAUUGAUUCCGGGUUUUAUGGGUAUGCACUCGUCAGCCCACAAAUGUUUGAUUCACCAUAUGCCGUGAUGAGUGCAGAUAGCAGUGGUAGAGUUGGUUCCGGACGGUAUCUCCGGAGCGUCAAUUCAUCCGCUGCACAAACGAGAAUUGGACAUAUUUUCAGCUAA